AUGCAGAGAGCGUACUGCUGGGACCUGUCGGACCUCACGGAGCUGCAGAGCAGGAGGUACAUGCACCGCACAUCGGCGCUCGAGCUGUUCUUCAUGCAUCAGCCCCCUGUCCUCCUGGACUUCAGCCACGUCGAGCUCUCAGGAGAAGGAGGGGAGGAGGCGAAGUGCGGAGGAGGAGAUCGCUAUGUUAACCAGGCAAAGAAGGUCUACAAGGAGAUCCUGAAGCAGCGGAAGAAGACUUCUCUCCGCAGGAGCUUCUUCCGCAACCCCAGGAGAGCGCUGCUCAAGUACAAGCUGCAGGAGAUGUGGAUCGAUCGUCGCCUAUCCAACUUUGAGUACCUCAUGCUCCUCAACUCCUUUGCUGGGAGGUCGCACAACGACCUGACCCAGUACCCUGUCUUUCCUUGGAUCCUGCAAGACCACACCUCCAAUGAGCUCGACCUUACGCAAGCCGCGUCCUUCCGUGACCUCUCGAAGCCCAUCGGAGCUCAGCACGAGCAGCAGGUGGCGAAGCUCCAGGAGAGGUUUGAGGGGAUGCAGGAUGUGGAGCAGCAGCCCUUUCACUAUGGCACACACUACUCGACCCCGGGAUACGUGCUGUGGUACCUCAUCCGCCUUGAGCCCUUCACCAAGAUGGCGGUGCAUCUGCAGGGGGGUCACUUCGACGUCCCCGACCGUCUCUUCUGGAGCGUCGGGGAAACUUUCAAGAACUGCACGACGAGCAUCAACGACGUCAAAGAGCUGAUCCCCGAGUUCUUCUACCUCCCCGAGUUCCUCCUCAACCGCGCCGCGCAGGACUUCGGGGAGACGCAGUCCCGAGGACGAGUCUCGCACGUCGUCCUCCCGCCCUGGGCCAAGGGCGACAGCACUCGCUUCGUCCACAUGAUGCGGCUGGCGCUGGAGAGCGAACAGGUCUCGAGCCACCUGCACGAGUGGGUGGACCUUGUCUUCGGGCACAAGCAGCAGGGGGCAGAGGCGGUGAAGGCAACCAACGUGUUUCACUUCCUCUCCUACGAGAAUCAGGUGGACUUGGAGAAGAUCUCGGACCCCGAGGAACGGAGGGCAGUCGAGGCUCAGAUCGCGGACUAUGGUCAGACCCCUCGCCAGCUCUUUCGCUCUCCCCAUCCUCGCAGG